GGCGCGGGCCCUUCCGGCGGGCUCGCAGCGCCUCGCCCCGCCGCCGCCUCCGCCUCCCCCGCUCGCCGCCCGCCGCCGCCCUGCGACUCCAUCCUGGUACUUGGGAGUCUCCAUCCUGGUUUCUCAAGUGCCCGGACCCAAAACAGGAAGUUUGAGUAUGAGCACAGUUGAAGAAGAGUCUGACACAGUGACAGUAGAAACCGUGAACUCUGUGACUUUGACUCAGGAUACUGAAGGGAACCUAAUUCUUCAUUGCCCUCAAAAUGAAGCUGAUGAAGUAGACUCUGAAGACAGCUCUGAACCUCCUCACAAGAGGCUUUGCUUAUCAGAGGAUGAUCAAAGCCUUGAUGAUUCUACUCCGUGCAUUUCUGUUGUUGCAGUUCCAAUUUCAGAAAAUGAUCAGAGCUUUGAGGUGACCAUGACUGCUACCACUGAGGUAGCUGAAGAUGAGAUUAAUGAAGGAACUGUUACCCAGAUUCAGAUUCUUCAGAAUGAACAGUUGGAUGAAAUCUCCCCAAUGGGCAAUGAAGAAGUAUCAGCUGUUAGUCAAGCCUGGUUCACAACUAAAGAGGAUAAGGAUUCUCUAACCAAUAAAGGCCAUAAAUGGAAACAAGGGAUGUGGUCAAAGGAAGAAAUUGACAUUUUGAUGAGUAACAUUGAGCGUUAUUUAAAGGCCCGUGGAAUAAAAGAUGCCACUGAAAUUAUAUUUGAAAUGUCAAAAGAUGAAAGAAAAGAUUUCUACAGGACAAUAGCUUGGGGUCUGAAUCGGCCUCUCUUUGCUGUCUAUAGAAGAGUUCUUCGCAUGUAUGAUGACAGAAACCAUGUUGGAAAGUACACUCCUGAGGAAAUUGAAAAACUUAAAGAGCUGAGAGUGAAGCACGGUAAUGAUUGGGCCACAAUAGGAGCUGCCUUGGGGAGAAGUGCUUCAUCUGUAAAGGAUCGAUGUAGGCUGAUGAAGGAUACCUGCAACACAGGAAAGUGGACAGAGAAAGAAGAAAAAAGACUGGCAGAAGUAGUGCACGAGCUGACAAGCACAGAGCCAGGUGACAUUGUCACACAAGGUGUGUCAUGGGCUGCUGUGGCAGAACGGGUCGGGACGCGCUCGGAGAAGCAGUGCCGCUCUAAAUGGCUCAACUAUCUCAACUGGAAACAAAGUGGGGGCACCGAGUGGACUAAGGAGGAUGAAAUAAAUCUGAUCUUGAGGAUAGCGGAACUUGAAGUUUCUGAUGAAAAUGACAUCAACUGGGAUUUACUGGCUGAAGGAUGGAGCAGUGUCCGCUCCCCACAGUGGCUUCGGAGUAAAUGGUGGACCAUUAAAAGACAGAUUGCAAACCACAAAGAUGUUUCAUUCCCUGUGCUGAUAAAGGGUCUCAAACAGCUCCACGAGAACCAAAAAAACAAUCCAGGGCACCAGCUUCCAGAGAACAAAUGUGGCAGUGGCUUAGCAAGCAGUAACUCCAGCCCAGGGGUGCAGCACGUGCAGAUCCGGGUGGCUCGCUUGGAGGAGAGCACGGGCAGUGCCCCGAGCCCCAUGGCAGCUCUGCAGAUCCCGGUGCAGAUCACCCAUGUCUCCUCAACCGAUUCCCCUGCUGCUACUGUUGACUCUGAGACAAUAACACUGAACAGUGGAACACUACAGACCUUUGAGAUUCUUCCAUCUUUCCACCUGCAGCCGACUGGGACACCAGGUACCUACUUACUGCAGACAAGCUCGAGCCAAGGCCUCCCGUUAACCCUGGCAACGAGUCCCACCAUGACCCUGGCGGCUGCGGCAGCUCCGGCCUCCCCGGAGCAGAUCAUCGUUCACGCCUUGUCUCCAGAGCAUUUGUUAAACACAAGUGACAACGUCACAGUGCAGUGCCACACGCCGAGUGUGAUAAUCCGCACCGUUGCUGCCGAAGACAUCUCCUCUUCUGUCACCCAGACAGAACUGACUGUGGAUUCAGACAUUCAGUCAGCUGACCUGACAGAUCCUCCAGACACCCUAGGAACAAAUACUUUCCCACAUGAUAUCCAUCAGUCCAAGCUGAGUGACGAAGAGCAGUCAGCCUACAACGAAGAUGAUGCUUCCAAAUUUAGCAGCAGGAAUAGUAGAGAACUGAUGGAUGGAGUUAUGGUAAGAACUGAGGAGGAGAUUGCUGAUGCUAGCCUGAAACAGAAUGAGGAUUCUCACUCUGAUUUACCCAGCACUUACGUUACUGAGGACCUGGGUUCCCCAACAAUAGAAGAACAAGUUGAUCAGCCUACAAUAGACGAUGAGACUGUGCUUAUUGUUCCUUCUUCCCAUGGUUUUAUCCAGGCAACAGAUGAUAUAGAUAGUGAAUCAGUCCUGCCCUUGACAACUCUCACAGAUCCUAUCUUACAGCAUCAUGGAGAUGGGUCACACAUUAUUGGCUCAUCGUUGGGCAGUCCUGACUCGGAAGAUUCAAAGGAUGUUGAGGACUUAGUGAGCUGUCACUGAGAAGCAGCAAUGGUGUCCAUUUUCUAUUGACCAUGUUUGCAUUGUGAAAUUAGUUACAGCUCUGUGCCACAUUUCCAAAGAAAGCAGUCACGGUCUGUCUCUUUGAACAGGAGCUUCCAGUGUGAAAUGACUACGGUGCACUUUCUCUGCUCAGGCUGUUUCCCUCAUCCAGGAGGGAGGACUGAGCUGCCAGCCGAGGCCUGAGGUGCCACAUCUCACUGGGGUGUUGCAGUGUUCUGAAGGGCCUCUGGUGCAGUGCUCACAGUGCUCAGAUCCAUCCAGUCACUUCUGAUCUGACUUGUUACUGACGUGCUGAACUGCACACAUGGAAAACUGGACAGAAGUCAAGGAUUGUGGACUGUAGCCUCUUAGUGCCGCAGCAAGUAUUAGUUUGCACAGGUUUCAUGAAGAAUGGGUGAGGAUUUUUGCACUUACUGACUCUUGUAAUACAUGGAGUAAGAGACUGUUACAUUUCAGGAAGGAGUGAGUUCCAUCAAAGACUUCAGGGAGCAUGGGCAGCAUCAUGAAGCAGUGGUGUGAAUUCCCAUUUCACCUGACUCGUUAGUAUAUCUGUGGCACAGGAAGAAGGCAGAAGCCUAUGGGACUUGCCUGGUCUGCUUGUU